AUGUGUUUUGCCAAGAAAUACAACAAGAAGGGGCUGAAGAAGAUGCAGGCCAACAAUGCCAAAGCCAUCAAGGCCAGAGCAGAGGCCAUCAAGGCCCUGAGCAACAAGGCCUCCAAGGCCAAGCUCCUCAGGCCCAAGAUCCCGAAGGCCUGUGCCUGGCAUGCUGGCCACAAGAUGGCCAGCAAGUGUCCAGGUCCUAGGGUCAGCAUCAAAUGUCCAGGCUCCAGGAUCACAAAGCCUGACUCUAAGGCUGCCAGAACUACUGACCACAAGGCUGCCAAGCUCACUGACCCCAAGGCUACCAAGUCUGCCACCAAAGUCAGUAAGUCUGAUCCCAAGACUACCAAGUCUGGCCCCAAGGCCACCAAGUCUGACCCCAAGGCCUCCAAGUCCAGUCCCAAGGUACCCAAGUCUAAGUGUAAGGCCACAAAGCCCAGUGAUUCCAAGGCUGCUAAGCCUACAGACCCCAAGGGCACUGAGUCCAAACCCAAAGAUGCUGGGGCUAAAGCUGCUACGGACGGGAGGGCGGCGGCGGCGGCGGGGCCGCGCGGGGGGGCCCGGGAGCGCGCGCCCGCGGGGGGGCCGCCCCCGUCCCUCUCCCCGUCCCCUUCCCCUCCCCGCGGGCCUACGCCGCCGCCAACGCUGCUCCCGCCACCGCCGCCGCCGCCUCUGCCGCCGCCGCCGCCGCCGCCGAGGGACGGGCCCGAGCCGGGGCCGGGAGCUGGAGCUGGAGCAGGCCCGGGCCCGGGCCCGGGGAUCGCACCGGUUCUGGCCUCUGAGGAAGAAGAGAUGGUGGCUGUGGAGCUGGCCUCACCCCCGCUCCCAAAGAAGAGUGCUCUUCCACCUGGGCAACUAGAGCACACCACCAACAGGUUGGGUAACAAGAUGUCUCCAGAGAUCCCCCAUGGGAGCAAACAAGAGCCCCCAGAUCUCAAGGCUCAGAAUCUGACAACAUGCGAGGUGUGUGGUGCUUGUUUUGAGACCCGAAAAGGCCUUUCCAGCCAUGCGCGCUCUCACCUGCGGCAGCUAGGUGUGGCUGAGUCCGAAAGUAGUGGAGCUCCCAUCGACCUGCUGUACGAGCUGAUGAAACAGAAAGGAAAACCUGACAGCAGCCCCCUGCCCCCACCCUUGGCCAAGAAAUCCGGCUCCCCGAAGGAGGCAGCUGCUGCCUCUCCCCGCCCAGGCCUGCUGACCCUCAGCAAGGCAAUUGACAGAGCCCCUGAUCCCCCCAUCAACAAAGCCAUCAAGUCACCCCCUGGCUUCUCAUCUAAGGGCCUUUCCCACCCACCAGGCUCCCCUCUCCUCAAGAAGGUGCCGCCUGCCCUGUCCGGGUCCCCCCCACCCAAGAACCCUGAGGACAAGAGCCCCAAGCUGCCCCUGAGCCCCCUGUCAGGCUCCCCGAAGGCGCAGUGGCCCCAGCCAGAGGAUGGGGGGCCCCUGAACCUCACUUUAGAUAGUGAUUUGGGCAGAGAGCUUGAUUGCCAGUUGUGCGGGGCCUGGUUUGAGACCAGAAAGGGCCUGUCCAGUCACGCCAGAGCCCACCUGCGCCACCUGGGGGUGAGCGACCCGGAUGCCAAGGGAUCCCCCAUAGACGUGCUUCACGAGCUCAUCAAGAGCGACGGCUUCCAGACCCGCCUCCCAGCAGAGCGGGAGGUGCUGGCAGAGCCUGGGCGGUCUGGCCUUUCGGCCCUCCGGCCCUCGGCCACGGCUCUCUCACUGCUCUCCCCCCCGCCCGCCAAGAAGCCCAAACCGAGGGCAUCGGGUGAGGCCAGCCUUCGGGGGAAGCAGGAUCUCUCUGCCAGCAUAUUCUGGGCCUCAGACGUGGAGAUGUCUCCUCUCAAUCUCUCAUCAGGCCCAGAGCCAGUCAGGGACAUCCGUUGUGAGUUUUGUGGUGAGUUCUUUGAGAAUCGCAAAGGCCUGUCAAGUCACGCACGCUCCCACCUGCGGCAGAUGGGAGUAACGGAGUGGUAUGUCAAUGGUUCUCCCAUCGACACCCUGAGAGAAAUCCUAAAGCGCCGGACCCACCCUCGGGCUGGAGGACCUCCCAACCCAACCUUGCCAGGCCCAAAGGGACUGGCCAAGGCAAUGGUUGGGGGCCCUGGUGGCUCCCUGGAGGCCCGAAGUGCUUCAGAGCUGCAUGUACCUCCCCACCCUAAGAAGCUGCAGCCAUCUGGCAGCCCCCUGGGCCACUCACCAACCACCUCUCCACCCCCAACUGCUCGUAAGAUGUUCCCUGGUCUGCCACCUCCCUCCCUCCAGAAGAAACUGAAGCCUGACCAGAUGCGGAUGGAGAUCAAACGAGAGAUGUUGGCUGGAAGCCUGCACAGUGAAGGCCACCCAUCUGAUGGACCCUGGUCACCUCGUGAGGACAUGGCACCCCUGAAUCUGUCUUCCCGGGCAGAGCCAGUCAGGGACAUCCGCUGUGAGUUCUGUGGUGAGUUCUUUGAGAACCGCAAGGGCCUGUCAAGCCAUGCACGCUCCCACCUGCGGCAGAUGGGGGUGACUGAGUGGUCAGUUAAUGGUUCACCCAUUGACACUCUGCGAGAGAUCCUGAAGAAGAAGGCCAAACCAUGUCUCAUUAAGAAGGAACCUGCUGCAGGUGACCUGCCCUUACCCCUGGGUGAAGAUGGGCCCAAAUCCCCCGGAAAGGUGCUUCAGGCCCUGUCUCUUACCCCAUUGGCUGGUCGUCCUGGCAAACCUGGGCCUGGCUCUGCCAACGUGCCCCGGGAGAUGAGCCUCUCGCCUCUUGCCACCAAGCCAUCUACUGGUUUCCUCACCCCCAUGACGGCAAAGCGGCCGCUGCCUGAAGACCGACUUCUCUCUGGGGAAAUGAAGCCUAAGACCUACAUACAGACGGAGCUGCCUUUCAAGACCAAGACCAUUCAUGACAAAAGCUCACACACUUCCAGCGAGGCCUGUUGUGAGCUGUGUGGCCUCUAUUUUGAGAAUCGUAAGGCACUGGCCAGCCACGCUCGGGCUCACCUGCGACAGUUUGGGGUGACAGAAUGGUGUGUGAAUGGCUCCCCAAUUGAGACCCUGAGUGAGUGGAUCAAGCACAGACCCCAGAAGGUGGGGGCCUACCGAAGCUAUAUCCAGGGCGGCCGGCCCUUCACCAAGAAGUUCCGUAACUCAGGCCAUGGGCGAGAUGGGGACAAACGAGUGCCCCUCACCUUGGCUCCCAACAGCCUCACCCUGAUGAACAAGAACCUGGGGGGUGAGCUAGGACCUGGGGAAGCUGGCCGGAUUGGAGAUGGUGGGGAGCGACCCCUGACAUCCUCACCUCUGGCUUUGGUGAAGGCAGAGGAACACCAGCGUCAGAAUAUCAAUAAGUUUGAGCGAAGACAAGCCCGGCCUCUGGAUACAACCUCAUCUCGGGGUGAAGAAGCCAGUGACUUUCAGCAGAAGCUGGAGGAAGUGCGACAGCCACCUCCUAGAGUAAGGCCUGUCCCCUCACUGGUCCCCCGCCCUCCCCAGACAUCUUUGGUGAAGUUUGUGGGCAACAUCUACACUCUGAAAUGCAGGUUCUGCGAAGUGGAGUUCCAGGGUCCCCUCUCCAUCCAGGAGAAGUGGGUACGGCAUCUCCAGAGGCACAUCCUGGAAAUGAACUUCUCCAAAGCAGAGCCCCGGCCAGUGGAGCCUGAGGCCCCCGAGGCACAGACAGUGGCAGAGGCUCAGUAAUGGGAGGCAGUGCGAAGCAUUCCAGAGCCACCUCUCUUCCUUUCUCUCUCUGUUGGUUUCACCCUUUCUCUCUUCACCAAACUCUUCUGUUCCGUUUCCAAAGGAGCAAGUCACAACCUCAACACUCAGGCCCAGGCCCAGGCCCUGGUGCCCUAAGCGUGAACACUACAGAUGAUGAUGAGUUAUUUUCCUAGCCUUCCCUUCCUCCUUUCCUUCCUCUCUUCCUUGGGCUUGGAAACUACCCUAACCAGGGUGUGAUAGUGCAAAGAGGACAUUUCUCCCCACAGGUUUUUAGGGCAAAACUCAUACCUAUGAGCACUUGAGUCUUGCUUAUGCUAGGAGUGAGAGAGGUGGCUUGCUUCUUUCUGUCUGUGGCCAAGCAGAUGAGAAAUCUGCAGAGAGCCAUGGAGAAUAGUUCCUCUGUUGGGACCCCAAGGGCUGGAGCCAGAGCAAGGCAGUCAAUCUCCACUCUGUUAAUUGUGUGUAGAAUCCCAAAGCCCCUGUCUUUUUGCUGCCUCAGGAACCAGGUGGUUAAUAAUAACCACCUGGUUCCUCUUUUGCCCCAGGUUGGCUGCAUGAUAGUCCUCACUACUUCUGACCUCUCCUCAAACCCCAAGACACAACCCACCCUCCACACACUCCCAAGGGCAUCUUGUUUCACGGGGGGAUCUGCCCUUCCCUACCUUCCUCCCUUCUUCCUUCCUUUUUUCCCUCUCUGUCCUACUAGAUGCCUGCUCAAACGAGUGCAUCAUGCCCACGGUGCUUGCUCCAGGGCCCUCUGAUGCCUGGUGUGGGGGUCAGCGUUGGCCUCAGACCUUCCACAAUGCCCAGGCUGGGGAGCACUGACAGCCUCCAAUGCCACGGAAAUCACUGGUGGCCCCCCAAGCAGCCUGAGGCCCUGAGAGGGGUUCUCUCUGAGAAGAAUUAAGCUCAGAGCUGACAGCUUUCUCCUGCCAAGUCAUGUCCCCAAAGAUCAGCAGGGGGUACUUUAGAGGCCCCCUCCCCUUCCCCCACUCUGGGAUGGGAUUGUGUUUUUCCCCCAUCUCAUCCCCUUUCACUAUUGCUUUUUAUGUAUAGCUUCCUAGACCUUCCACUUUUUUAAACUAGUUUUGUGUAGAGAAUAAGGAGCAUUGAUUUUUAUUUUGGAGUCCUGGG